AUGGGCGCGAGAGACUCAAGCUUAACCCCCCAGCCACAUUCGAUGGCACACCUGGACAACUUAAAGGGUACCUCGUACAGGUACGCACUUACCAAGCAUUCCAUUUGGAAACUUUCCGCAGCGAAACAGAAAAAGUGGUACACGCGGCCACCUUCCUCCGAGGACGAGCCUUGUCUUGGUUCGAGCCUCUGUUGCAGGAAUGGCUUGAUGUACCCCCCGAAGAACGACGCCAAGAAGUCACCGACAUUUUCUCAACCUUCGCAGGCCUCCGCUUAUGCAGCCGAAUUCAGAAGGCUAGCAACAAGGCUGGACAUGACCGAAGAAACCAAAAUCCUCCAGUUCUACCAGGGACUGAAGUCAGAAGUAAAAGACGAGGUAUCCAAGCUCGACCGACCCGAGAAUUUCCUCGAGUACGUCGAACUUGCCAUCAAACUCGACAACCGGAUUUACGAACGCCGACAGGAAAAACAAGGCGGACAGCGAGUGUUCGUCACCUCAACUCGACAAACCAACACGGGACGCAAGUACCAACACCCCCAACCCACAUACCACAGAAACAAUAGUGGAUGGCAGCAGCCCCGUCACAUGGCACCCCAGACCUACAGUACAACUUAUGGUACCCACAGUGGACCCAUGGACCUCAGUGCCACACAACACAAGAAGCCCCGCAAAGACCCCAAGAGUGGCAAGUGUUUCAAGUGCGACAAGACAGGGCAUAUCGCCAGAAACUGCCCAAGAAACCAGGAAGAUAUCCCUGAUUUUAGGGGCAAGACCGAAAAACCACGAGGACUUAAUGCCACCAAUUACCAGCAACUACGGCCUGACCAACACAGCACGAUGAGCUGGACCACCUGCUACGAUAACAAUUGCAUGGUACACAACAGCUCCAAAAACGACGCAGGAUGGUACCCACAGAAGCCCCGAGGCACUCGAACCCUAGCAGUAGGAAACCGAGUACCCCUAGGGACAGGACAACCAACGAAGUUACACCGACAAGAGACCCAACUACCCGAACUCACGGACUCGGAUGCCUCCGGAGAAUCGGAUGAGGAACCUUUGGGACAAACCCACCACAUUAGGACAACCAAUCAAUCCUCAACACAAGAAUCAAGCGAGGAUUCCGAGGAAGAGUCCAGCGAGGAAGAGACCAUGCCCUCGAGCCAGUACAACGCAGCAAGGGAAAACAACCCCUACAUAACGUUGGGCUCCACAUCUCCGACCCCCCUAAAGUCCGGCCCCCUUGAAAAAUGUAACGACGAAAUACCCCUUUUAUAA